UGAGGAACCCAAAGACAGCAUUUCCAAACUGCAAUAAAGGCAAUAAAGUAGGUUUAGUGGUACCUGCCAGCUUCUUCUGACUGUCCUCAUCUUUGCGGUUUAGCUCUUUAGCUCUUUUGCUUUUCAUAGCAAAUUCGCUUAUACUUUCAUUGCUGAGCCUAGCCGUUUUGGCCUUUGCUGCCGUCAUGUAUAAAGAAGUAGUGCUGACCCUUUGCCUGCUGGUGGCAUUAGCCAGCCGAGUGCAGGCCACUGAUGGUCAUCCUAUCUACGGAGUGAAGCUGUGUGGAAGAGAGUUCAUCAGAGCCGUCAUCUUCACCUGUGGAGGCUCGCGCUGGAGACGAUCCAUCGGCAUGGCAGCAGACCUGUCCAGUGACCUCCUCUCUGCUCAUGACGACGAGGCCUCUGACGGCUGGGGCUCAAACCCCAUCUCUGCACUCUCCUACAAGCCUCACUCUGACUCAGAGACGCCCAACUGGGCCCCUGAAAGUCCGGAGGGCCCCACGUUCCCCCGGCCUGCACGCUCACUCAUCUCUGAUGAAGUGCUGGAGGCCCUGCGCACCUCCGACAGGAAGGGGCGGGACGUGGUGGUGGGCCUGUCCAACGCCUGCUGCAAAUGGGGCUGCAGCAAGAGCGAGAUCAGCUCCCUCUGCUGAAGAACAGCUCUAUCUGUGCUGGUCAGCCGCCUCGCUUCCUGCAGAGUUUUGGCUUCAACCCUCGUCCGCUACACUGACAGACGUAAUGCGUUGAUCUGACCUUGUUCAAAUGUGUCCGUCAUUUCCGCAUGAAAGAAAUAUUUUAUCAACAUUGACUUUCAGUUUAAUCUUUCUUGGCAACAGUUGUGCUGAUGUAAUAUGCUUUAUUUGUGUGAAAAUGAUCAAGUCAAUUCACUACAUUUUUCAAGGGUAAAAAUGAUUCACGUCAGUUUGAUUCGAUUCUUUGGGGGACCAUUCACUUAAGCAAGCCUCAGAUUUCACCAGUUGAAAUUAUUUUGAUUCAGAAUUAUUUUUUUAAAUUACACGCGACAUACAAAUAUGAAUAAAAUAACUUUUUAUUAUUUUUACAUGUAAAAACAGCACUUCAAUGCAUUUCCACACUAUUAUUACUCACCUCACUUGGUCCAGCCACUGAAUUUAGAGGUACUUGAUUAGCUGAAUGAAGCUAGAUUUUGGGGUUGGAGCUGAAAGCCUGCAGGAAGGCAGAGCUCCACUCUCUCUCUUACAUGAGACACUGGUCUUCAUAUCUUCAUGUUUGAUGUCGGGAGGGAUGUAAACAUAACUGAAAAUGCAUGGGGAGGUCCAAACGGCCUUGUUUGAAUAUAGUGUGUGUUGUCUAACUUAUUAAAACAGUAUGCAAAAGUCGCAUGUUUUUGAAUGUUCUGUAUAUUAUGAGCCAUCCUGGUUGUGUGGUGCCCAAAUAAAAAUAAAGUUUUGCUUUUGCAAUCCGA